UUGUCUUGUGUUCCUCCCCCUACUCUCUUCUCUUCACCAGCAAUAAAGGAGAAUUUCCUGGUUUUUGUAUUGCUUUAGUCACAACAAAAUCCCAACUUCCCUGCUCCUCUGUUUUUCUCAUCCCCUUUCUAUUAUUUUCAUUUAAAGAUAACUAUUCCUUCUAAACUCUUCAUAUUUUUGAGAGCAUCCCAGAGCAAGAAACCAAAGAAAUUAUAGUAAGAGAGAGAGAGAGGAAGAAGAAAACCAGAGAGUCUUUUGGAAACAAGGAAGAGAAAGAAAGACAAAAGGGUUCAAUAAAAGAUCUUUCCUUUUUCAUUUACCACUUUUUUUACUCCUCUUCCUCAAAAAUGUUAAUUACACCGGCUGGAAGCUUUCCUAUUGGAAUAGAAGAAGUUCACAAUCAACCACAACAAAAACAAGAACAAGUUACAAAACUAAGUGAUCAUUUUCAUGGCUUGAACUCGUCGUCUUUGAUCAGAACUAAAAGCAACGGUUCCAACUCUACUCCAUUACCUGUUAAGAAGAAGACAAAUCUGCCAGGAACUCCAGCCAUUGGAGUAUGCUUUUGGGGCUCAGAUCUACAAGAAGAACAUGGAAUACGCACUGUAGAUCCAAGGAUAACCACCAUCAAAAUCUACCAAGAAAGCUGGAAAAUUACCGUCUAUGGCAUGGGGAUUUGGAAUCCAGGACUUUCAGAAGACUCAGUAGGUGUAGAGGAUGGGUCUGACGUGCUUUCUGAUCGGUAGCGAUUUGGGCAAACUUUUGCAGUAUAACCCUCACGGUUACACAGUUGACAAGUUACUUUAUAUCGUUGCGGGCAUAUAGUAGCAACAUGUCCAGAAAUAUCACAUAUUUGGCAAACAACAUUGUCUUCAUUUUUAGGCAAUGGAAUGUCUUGGGGGAUUGCAAUAUGAUUCCUUGAUGUUGUCAACUUCUUCUUUAAAGGACUCCGAGAUGGACAAUCCCA